AUGUCAGGCCGUGGAUAUGGAGAUCUGCCCAUUCGGGGAUCACGUGGUGGAAGUGACAGAGGCCGAGGUCGAGGAGACCGUGGCUAUGGCAGUGAUCGUGGGCGAGGAGGAGACCGCGGCCGUGGAGAACGUGGUGGUGGUGGUGGCCGGGGACGUGAGCCUGAACUCCCUUCAGGCAUGCUUACCGACCCCAUCCCCCCGCCCAGCCCUCAAGUCCACAACUUUGAAGACGAGUAUGUCGCCAAGUCCUUGAAGACUGCUCCUUUGCAAAAUACCCUUGCUCGACGUCCCGGUUAUGGAACCCUAGGUCGUGCCAUUAUUGUGCGCGCGGAUUUCUUUGACAUAGAUUUCAAGCCUGGUGUCAAAUUCCAUUCUUACCGGAUCAAAGCCAAACCUGACAACAUGAAAAGAGGGCACCAGAAAUUUGCGAUUGACAGACUGCUUCGCGACUAUGCGCCUUUGAAGGGUAUUGGUGUUGCCACAGAUGGAGCCACAGAAAUUGUCACAACUGAGCGCCUGCCAGACAAUUUGCCAAUCUUCAAGUUCACCAUGCCAAAUGGAAACGGACGUGGAAAGGGACGCGGCGCAGCUGGACGCAGCGGAAGUCAAAACUACAAUGGGCCUUGGGAAAUGAGACUGGUACAUAAGUGUUCUCAUUCUGCUGUUGAAUUGAGGUCAUGCCUUCGCGACUCCAGCUACCGAGCGGACCCUAAAAGUCCAAUGGAGGGUGAUGUUGUGCGCAUGCUCAACAUCCUGAUGACUGCUUAUCCUUUCAAAACCCCCGGAGUCCAUAUUGUUGGCAAGGGACGCAACAAAGUCUUCCGCAUUGAUGAUCGAAAACAGUCGUUUGACAUGAAGGGCGGAGUCGAGGCCAUUCGUGGUUAUUAUUCAAGUGUUCGACUGGUGGCAGGUCGGAUUAUGCUCAACUUGAACAUAAGCCACGCUCCGUUCUACAAACCAACCAAUCUGGUCACUACGAUCAACGAAUUUAGUGCCAUAUUUAGCCAGGACCGUGUCAAAUUGAACGGAUAUGUGAAAGGACUGAAGGUUUAUGCUCUUCAUUUGCCGACUCGCGAGAAUGGAGCUGGAAAGAUGGAAAAGCCUGUCAAAACCAUCUGGGGCCUCGCUACUCCUAGAGACGGACCCAAGGAAUAUCCAGCAAAGGUGAAGCAACUUGGGUCUUCCGCUAACAACGUGAGGUUCUACUGGAAUAAAGAUGAUGGAAAUUCGGAAUAUGUCACUAUCACCGACUACUUCCUUCAAUCCUAUAACCGUCGACUCAAUGUUCCGGCGACUUGUCCAGUUGUGAACGUUGGAAACCAACAGAACCCAGUUUAUCUUCCCGCUGAAGUCUGCGAAGUUCUCCCUGGACAAGUCUUUGGUGGAGAGCCGGAUAACAAUAUGCGAUCUGCUAUGAUCAGGUUCAGUUGCCGGCGACCCCCUCAGAAUUAUGCUUCUAUCAUGAGCGAGGGGUUGGAUAUCAUGGGUAUUUCCAACGAAAAAACCAAAGAGGUCGCACUUAAACCAAGCACAGAGAUGAUCACUGUUCCUGCGCGCAUAUUGAACGCACCGAGCCUUCUUUAUGCGAAAAAGUCGACAAAAGUACAGUUCGGAUCAUGGAAUCUGGUUCGCACACGGUUCUCGGAGGGAGCAACCAUCAAGAAAUGGACUUGCCUCUCGCUCCGAAGGCGAGGUCCCAAUGAACCAAUCCGUGACUCUGCUCCUGAGAUGGAAGCAUUGUUCAAGAAAUCGCGCGAACAUGGUCUCAACCUCUCUCCACCUUCAAAGCCUUACCAUGGUGUGGAUCUCGUUUCUCCUUCGAAAUAUUCCGGCAACGUGCAGAGAGCCGACAGUGACAAUCGAGACUUGAUCGAAGGGAAACUCAAAGCUUUGUAUGGCCAGGGCUUUGAACUUGUGGUCGUUCUCUUGCCUGAUACGAAUGGCCGGGUUUUCGAUUGGGUCAAGUAUAUUGGCGAUGUCAAAACUGGUAUCUUGACGCACUGCAUGCUAGCAGAGAAGUUCAAAGCAGCCAACGAUCAGUACAUUAGCAACAACGUCAUGAAAAUCAAUCUCAAGAUGGGAGGAUGCAAUCAGGUUCUAGAUACAUCUGGUGCAAAAUUCAUUGGGCAAGGAAAGACUAUGAUCGUUGGGUUGGAUGUCACUCAUCCGCCGAGCACAGAUGACCCAGGCAUGCCUAGUAUUGCCGGCAUAGUUGCAUCCAUUGAUGGCCAGAACAUCGAGUACCUCAAGGAAAUGAUGGAGGAGCGCAUUAAACUUUGGGGCCAACAGAACAACCAACUCCCAUCAAACAUCCUCAUAUACCGUGACGGUGUUAGUGAAGGUCAGUUCGACAUGGUUCUUUCAGACGAGCUUCCCAAGGUUCGAGAUGCUAUCGGUAGUUUCAAAGACUACCGAAACAAGCCGCCAAAAGUCGCAAUCCUCGUCUGCGGAAAACGCCACCAUGUGCGGUUCUACCCUACUCAGGCGAAGGACCAGGACCGAACCUCAAAUCCAAUCAAUGGCUGUGUUGUUGACCGUGGUGUCACCCGCCCGAGUGUCUGGGAUUUCUAUCUUCAAGCUCAGUCCCCUCUGCAGGGAUCUGCUCGUCCGGCCCAUUACAUUGUCGUCCAUGAUGAGAUCUUUACCAAUUCACAAAUCACUCAAGGUGCCAAACCUGCCGAUCUCGUUCAAGAGCUGACUCACAACAUUUGUUAUAUGAUGGGCCGAGCUACCCGGUCCAUUAGUUACGCCACACCUGCAUUUUUGGCUGACAGGUUCUGUGACCGAGCCCGCAAGUACCUGCUGGCAUGGAUUCACGAGGCCGGUGGUGAUGAUGACGCAAAGAAGGAUAGAGUCAGAAACGCUUCUGAAUCUGUGAAAACCUUCGGUAAAUUCCCUCGUUCUAUGGUCUACAUCUAA